AUGUCCACUAGUAGAAUAUCGGAUAUUCAAUUACGAUUAAAUCAGAAACAGCAGGAUCUGAAUGACUUAACGAAUAAAUUUACGACAUUGAUAAGGACAAUUGAUAAUCAAAAAGAUGAAAUACAAAAAUUAGAUAGUCAACGAUCAGAAUUGCAAAUUAAGUAUGACUCAUCACAAGAUAGUUUAAAAAACGAAAGAUUAAUUAAAAAACAAUUACAAACAAAAAUAACAAAUUUAGAAGAUGAAUUAGCUGAAAUGAAAGUAUCGUAUAAUAAUACGGAACGGUCAAUUACUGAUAGAAAAAUUAAACAUGAAAUGGAACGAAAACGUUUGCAAGAUGAAAUGGAUGAAUUAAAACUAUUACAUGAACACGAAAUAGACGAUUUAAGAAAUAAAUUAAGAAAACAACGAACUGUCGAUAGUGUAACAACAACUCAAGAGAUUGCUCGAAUUGAACAAGAUCUAACACGUGAAUGGCAAGAAAAAUUAGAUCGUCAACAAACACAACAUGAACGCUCGUUCAAUAUGAAAACAAAAGAACUCGAUGGAUUGAAACGUUUAUUAGAUGAAAAAGAUGAUAAACUUCAAACAACACAUGCCGAAAUAAGUCAAUUGAAAGAACAGAAUCAACUUUAUGAAGAAAAGUGUGAAAAACUUCAAGAACGAAUAUCAUUAGUGAAGGACAAAUAUGUUGAAUUAAAAGAUGAACAACAACAACUGAUUGGAACAAAUGUAAAACGAAUUGUUAAUAUGAUAUUUCAAAGCAUGAAAUUGAAAAUUAAAUCAAAUAAAUCAUAUACUGGUGAAAAAGUUCUUACACGUGCACUUGACAUUAUUAAAAAAUCAACUGUCAAAUUAUUAUCGGGUGAAGACGAAAUACAAUCAUCAUCAAGUGAAGAAGAUGAGGAGGAAACGAAUAUUAUUAGUCAAAGUCAACCGUCUACAGAACAAGAAACAGUAUUGACAACAUCGUUAGAUGCUACAAUGGUAAUGAUAAUGAGUGAGAAUAAUCGAAUAGAAGCGGAGACGGGUGAACAUAAUGUAAAUGAAGAAAAUGAACAAUCUAUACUAUCAAAAAAUGAUCUAGUUGAUUCUACCGUAUUGUUUGAUACUGUCGAAUCUGAACAACAACAACAAGAGCACAUAAAAACGGACGCUACUGAAGAAACUACUGAUGAACAGAAAACUACAAAUAAUCACAAUCAAAGUAGUUGGGAUACAAUUGAAGAAUUUCAAAAAAGUGAAAUAACAUCAGUCAAGGAAGAAGAUGUGAUACAAAAAGAAGUAGAACAAGUUCAACAGCAACAAAAUGAAGAAAAAGAUGUAGAUAUUCAACAAUCGGAUGAAACUGAGUCUAUCCUCGACAAUGUUCCACCGAUUAGUGUUGAUGAAACAUCAAAUAAUAAUACUAUCACUAAUUUGACUGAGAGCACCGUGGCAGAAGAUAAAGAAGAUGAAAAUAAAAAAGGUGACGAACACGAAACAGAUAUCAAUGAAUCAUCAAUUGCUGGAAACAUGUUAAAUGAUAAUAGAGUAGAUGUGGAUGAUUCACCACGUCCCUCUAUGCAAGAAACUGUAAAACCAGCCCUCAUCAACGAAUCAUCAACGACAGUUUCUUUCACACAACCACCACCGAAAUCGGUAUCUCGAAAUCUCGUAAAAAUGCGUUUUAAAUAUUGGUUGCAACCAAAUGCUGAAGAAUGUUAUCAUGAAGUACUUGAUGCUGGUGCUACUCUCUAUUUCAUGUACGAAAUCUUAAAUGCGGAUACACAUGAUAGCAGCAUUGUAUCAUACGUACGACAUAAGAAUGGCACAAUACUUUCGGUUGCCACUACACCACAACGUGGCCAUUUAGAAGUGAAAUUAGAUGACACAAAAUCAAUGCGAGCAAUUGACUCAAUUGCCAGUCACAUUAUGGUAUCACGUCAAAGUCAAAUUGAAAUAGAGAUGUUAGCACAGAAAGAUAGUUAUUUAAUUGAAAUGAAUUAUAGAUGGGUUCAGUAUUGGGCAUUAAUUCAUCUUGGACUUAUUAUUGGAUAUCAAGGAUGUCUUGACUUUGUUUUAUCAUGA